AUGUCGAGGAAAAAGAAGCGACCGGCCUCUUCUCCACAAGUGAGCCCACAGCAGAAGAGCAAGCAGAGUAAAAUGGACAAUUUUGUAAGAGCACAGAACUCAGAACCUACUACAUCAAAUAGAACUCAUUCCCAGGUAGGGGAAUAAUAAAUUAAUACAAUAAAUUAAUGUGGACUUUCAGUUGCAUCCUGUGUAUAUUGACAGCAAACUCAAUGAUCUAGCUGUGGAUUAUUAUGCAAAUAAAGCAGCACUAUUCAUACCCAAGAGGGACGGCAGCUUGAAACAGCCCACAGAGGCUCAAUGGCCACAGAAUGCUGAAUAAUGAAAAAUCAGGGGGUAGGGGAAUGUAAUGGAGUAGCUUGGGAAAGGACAUGGUUGGCAGGCUCACUGCACUGAAACAUUUCGUGGCAAGUCCCACAAGCUAAUUGUUAUGUACUGUACUGAGCUGAAUCCUAGAACAAUAGGAUCCAGAAUGCAGCAGUCUGAUUGGUCUGCAGGAACCACCCAAUCCAGCUCCAGCUGGAAGUGAAUCAGCGACCUCAUUGGCCUGCAGGAGCAGCCAAUCAGGCUUCUGGAGGAGGUGAAUCCACAACCUGAUUUGCCUACAGGAGCCACCCGGAAUUAGCCAAUCACAUGGGGCCCAUAGACAUUUUGGGGAAAGUGUCAUUCAUUGCUACCAUGAUCUGAAUAAAGAGCAUGAAAUUCACACUCGACUCCGAGUAUAUUUCACUAAUGAAAAAUACAAGAGAAUUGAAGUGUUGCACAUAGUCUGUUAUCAACUGAAGCUGAGAAAAUACAAGCUUAGAGUCAGUCACUGUCAUAGAAUAAUCCUACUAGUGGUGAUAGGUAAAGGUAAAGGUACCCCUAACCAUUAGGUCCAGUCGCGGAUGACUCUGGGGUUGUGCGCUCAUAUCACUCUAUAAGCAGAGGGAACUGGCGUUUGUCUGUAGACAGCUUCCGGGUCAUGUGGCCAGCAUGACUAAUGUGCUUCUGGCGAACCAGAGCAGCGCACGGAAACGCCAUUUACCUUCCCACCGGAGUGGUACCUAUCUACUUGCACUUUGACGUGCUUUCGAACUGCUAGGUGGGCAGGAGCUGGGACCGAGCAACGGGAGCUCACCCCAUUGCGAGGAUUCGAACCACCAACCUUCCAAUCAGCAAGCCCUAGGCUCUGUAGUUUAGACCACAGCGCCACCCGUGUCCCCAGUGGGGAUACAUACAUGCAUAUAUUACUUCACAGUUUUGCAGAGCUUUCUACAGCACUUAUACCUCAACAGAUGAGGGCAACCACUCACCCACCCACCCAUCAAAUACUUUAAACUAGGUGGCCCUUUCUUACAUUCCAAAUCAGGGAGAAAAAGGUUACCAAUAUGGCGCAUGACAUAGGCAAGCCAACUUCCCUGGAAGGGAGAAAAAUCGCUUGGAGCAAUGGAAUAUAAAGAGUUUAGGGGCAGUGGGGCAAAGUUUAUUUUUUAAAUACAAUUCAUGACAUUCUGGGCCCCUCCAAAUUACUUGGCCUUUUUGUUGGUGUAUUCUGCAUUGUGUCGUUUAUGUAAUAACAGAGCGUUAGUGGUGAAUUUACCGUAUUUUUCGCCCUAUAGGAAGCACUUUUUCCCCUCCAAAAAUGAAGGGGAAAUCUGUGUGCGUCCUAUGGGGCGAAUACAGGCUUUCGCUGAAGCUUGGAGAGCGAGAGGGGUGGGUGCGCACUCACCCCUCUCACUCUCCAGGCUUCAGGAAGCUAUCAGCAAGCCUGCCACCCGGCGCGCGAGACGCCCUGAAGCAGAGCGCCCCUCGCGCCGGGCAGAUAUCCGCACGCUUCUCCCCAGCGCCAGCCCCACAAGCUUGGGGGACAGCGGGGAGGCGGAGCGCCGCCAUACCGCUGUUCCCCGACCUGGUUUUUUUGGGGGGGGAAAUAAAGGAAAAUUUUUUUCCCUUUAUUUCCCCCCAAAAAAACUAGGUGCGUCCUAUGGGACGAAAAAUACAGUAUACUGUGGACCCUCCACACAUCAUUCCAUUUUAUGAUUAAUUCAGCAAGAAGUUGUGGGAAAUGCAGUGAUGGGGGACAGGGGGAAGCAGUAUGUCCAUUUCAAGACAUUUGCAAGCACCAUCUUGAGCACAAAUCCUCAUGCAUGAACAAUAACAGGACAUCUGGAGCUAUAAGAGGGGAGCAUUUUCCCAACAGCAGCCUGCUGCAAAGGGUAGUGCAUGUACCUAGGGAUGUAGAGAGCUCUCUGAUGCAUGAUCACUGAACAAGCUUGUUCAUAAAAAUCAGCACCCAAGAGAAAAACUCUUCUAGUCCUUUAGCUUAAGAAAAAGGGACCGAAUGGUUUUUCAGACCAUCAGGGAUAGGAAGAGACUCAACAUGUAGCAGUUGCAUUGGAAGCAAGUAGGCAAGACCACGGUAGGAACUUCAACCCCAUCCUGGAGACCAGAAGUGCCAAUCACCAGUGCUUUUUUUUCAUCUGUGAAGACUGGCAUUUCUCCCCAAUAUCUAGCCUCAAACAAUUGUGUCCUCAGCUGAAACUGCAUGAAGGAUGGCUUUCCUGACACGGGUGGCGCUGUGGGUUAAACCACAGAGCCUCUUGGGCUUGCCGAUCAGAAGGUCAGCGGUUCGAAUCCCCGCGAUGAGGUGAGCUCCCGUUGCUCGGUCCCAGCUCCUGCCAACCUAGCAGUUCGAAAGCACGUCAAAGUGCGAGUAGAUAAAUAGGUACCGCUCCGGCGGGAAGGUAAACGGCGUUUCCGUGCGCUGCUCUGGUUCACCAGAAGCGGCUUAGUCCUGCUGGCCACAUGACCUAGAAGCUGUACGCCGGCUCCCUCGACCAAUAAAGCGAGAUGAGCGCCGCAACCCCAGAGUCGGCCACGACUGGACCUAAUGGUCAGGGUUCCCUUUACCUUUAUGGAUAAAAAUGCAUAUAAAAGGCAACAUCAGAAAAUUCAUUAUUGCAAUAUAUUAGGCAAAACUGCAUACAAAUGUUUUAUCAUAUAAAAUUUUUCAUUAUUUUCAUUUUUAAUUGUUAAUUAAAUAUGGUGGGGGAUGUGUCGUGCUCCUUCAGCACUCAGCUCUCACCUGUAGUUCCUAGAAGCUGGAGGUACAUGCCAUUUCUUGAGACAGAUGGAUGUCAACCACAGUCACUUUUCUAGUUGCUUUUUUAUGGAGAAAGCCUCCCCGUUUUCUCUUUAUUUUUUCACCCUACUUGAAACAGACUUCAUACCUACCUAAUAUUUUGCAAGCUACCUUUACAUUCAAAACAACUUAGCUUGAAGUGUAAACAAAUAUUUAUUCCCAACUCACAUUGUUGCAUAGACCUUUAAUUUAAUACUGGCUUUUCUGGUCACCAAGUAUUUUUUUAUUUUUAUUUUUUUUUUGGAUUCUCUUUUUAAAACCCUUAUCUUGGUAUUUUCUUAAAUUUUCAGUUUAAAUUUUUAAAUUAUCAUUCAGGGACUUUUUUAAAAAAGUCCACCAUCACUCCACAACUUACUGUCUCUCUUUUUAUUAGGAUUUCUUCUUCAGCCUUUAAUUUUCUUUCAAUUUCUUUUUGUAUUUAAAACAUUUUGCCUCUCCUAACACUUUUUAGAAAGAGAUACCUAAGGUAGGUUUAUUUAUUUACACAUUUUAAAAAAUCCAAACCUACCUUUUUGGGGAACAUGGUGGCUUAAAACAAGAAUUUAAAAAUCAGAAUACCACACUAAGAUAUAUUAAAAUGAUCAAGCAGUAAAAUACAUUUAAAAUGCAGUAGAUAAAACCCACAGCAUUAAUAUCCAUUUAAAAUAAAAAUGGGUGGUCUCUGUUUUUUAUGGUUCAUUUAAAACGGAUUUUACCUUUUGUAUCCUUAUUGUACACCACUUAGAAACUGCAGUGUUAAGCAGUAUAUAAAUGGAUGAAUUAAGUAAAUAAGAUGAACUGUAUCUCCUUUUUUAAGGUUUAAGCUGUAAUUAAUAUUUCAGUAGGGUAAAAUCCCCCAGGUUUCCUUUAGAAAAAAAUCACUUUAAUUUUUCAAGAGAAAGCCCUUCUAAGCUGUUUUUAGUUUCAUUUUAAAGCCCAUUUCAUCUUCACUAGCCUCCCUCUCCUAACACCACUGGCUAGUAAUUACAGAUCCUACAGAUCCGACACAAAGGUUAGCGCUGUGACUAGUACAGUAUUGCAGACCAGGGUAGGCUCACUCCCUAGAAUGUGCUUGCUCCUUCCACCACCUGCUGGUCACAAUAACACAAAAAAAAUAGUUCCUUACAACAUUGACACAAUGCAUACAUAGAUGUGUUCAUUUUCAGUGAGCGACUACUGCUUUGGUGGGAGAUUAGCAUUCAUUUCCCAUAUUAAUACGUCCUGGAAAUAACUAAGAGAAUUUCACAAUGUUUCUUAGGUUUCCUUUUUGUUAGGACAACAGCUCAUCUUCCCACAUCUCUAAAUUUGAUCUUAACCUAAAUGAUUCUUGAAAUGACUGGGCAGUCCUAUGAAUGUUGACUCAGAUGUUACUCUUGGUAUAUUCUGUGGGCCAUGUUCAGUGCUUUUUUUUUUCUGGGGGGGGGGGACGUAAGGGUAUGCAUACCCCUCAACAUUUUGUGAAUCUAAGUUUGGCCUAAUUGAGGGGGCAGUAUUUCAAUAUGAGUAGGAAAAUGAGAGUACCCAUAAACUUUUUUUUUUUUUUUUUUUUUGAAAAAAGCACUGGCCGUGUUCAUCAAUCCAUUUGAGCUAGUGGGUUCAAUGUUGCGAAAGUUCCAUGGGCACCAGUCCCAAAAUGGCAGCAGGGAGACAUGGCAUAAUACAAAAUAGCCGCCACAACUAAAAGAGCAGAGAAAAGAGGCCACAAAAUUUUGUGGGGAUGCCUCCUUCCACCACAAAUUAAGGGGGUAAAUACUGUUAUGUACUGAAGUUCUCACCCUGGGCCAGCAGGGGGAUACUGUAGAUAGUUUUCACUCAGUCUGCAUAUGCAAAUAAGGAAUUGAAAGUGACGUUCAGUGAUUGGAUAGUUACAGAAUGUUGUUACUGUUGCUUUGUAGUUGAGCUCUAUAUAAGCAGGUUGGCUCAACCCUUCAGCCCAGUUCUGUUCUGGCCUGUGAAUAAACAAGAGCUGUUUGAAGAAUCGCUGUGUCGUCUGAUAUGUUCCCCCACAACUUAACAAAUACCACUGCAGUCACUCAUAGAUCACUCUUUGCAUCUCUCUCCUCUGUUUCAACACUUGCUCUCUUAGAGUAUAGGAAGCUAUAUGCCCAUUGGAAGACACUUCCCCAUCAUGGCUACAACAGCACCCACAGCUCCAAUGUCCCUCCUGCACCCGCCUUCUCACUCACCUACAUGGAAUUUCUGGUCACCUAUGGCUACUGGGCAAGUUGUUAAAUAUAAAGCUGGUCCAUGUCUUGUUACUGCUUUCCAUUGUUUACCCAAUAGGCACACACUCCAAUGUCCCAAAUACUACUACACCUAAAGCCUUCAUACUUUGAAGGAUCUUUCUUCUAAAUGCAGGAGUGGGCAUAAAAUGUGGCCUCCAGACCUCUCCAGAGGCCUUUCCAGAACUCUUUCCACAUCAAAUCCUCACUUGUCCUACUUCAUACCCCAAAAAUGUUUUUCCUGGCUGAAGUGCGCUUUUGAACACUGACAAUGCCUCUUGCUUAUUUGGACGGUGGCUAGAGUGUAUGUGCGGAAACUAGCCCACACUACAAAGGACAUUUUUUACAUUCAUUGCUCCUCCCUCUUUUGUCUGUGACCUUCCCCACCAUGGGUACUUGGCCAUCAGAGGGUUGCCCUGAAGGAAAUGUGACCUUUACACCCACCUGUUUUAAUGUAUAGUCACCAACAUCCAUCACUGGAGGAUGUUAAUUGCUAUGACUGACAUAUGUACCUUUGCAAGGAAAUCUGAGCCCAAUCCACAAAACUUGAAACUCAUUUUCCAUAGUUAACGAAUAUGCUCCUUCUCAAAAAUAAUGGAGGGUGGCUAAGCAACACUACAAAAAACAUUAAGUAAUGCUUAUCCCAACCCCCUUUUAAAAAUGCUAAUUUAUCACAGAUUCAUUCAGUGUCAGCCAGCAGAAAGAGGUUUCACACUAAUAAACAUUCCCAGUGAGGCUCUUUAAUCCCCAUUCUAUUUGCCUGUCUUUUAUCAAGGAAAAUGCACAUCCAUGGGAAUUCAACUUUGUUAAAUUGCAGUACAUUGAGCAAUUCUCCAGGCAUUUUUCCAAGCCCAUUUAUUUUUAACAUCAGUCAUGUUUUCCAAUUAAUUACAAAGCCAAGACUUGGAGGGUAAAUGUUUCUGAUGAAAGCUGUAGAAUAAAUAUAUGUGAGAACAGCAGGAUUUAUAAUGCUAGAAAACUUUUAGCAUUCACUGCCUGUUGCUGUAAACGUGUAGCAGGAGUCCAAAGAGGAAGUAAAGAGUAAUAAUCACAAGAGAGAUGUUUAACCUUUGUAUCAUACUGUACUAAGAACUUGGAAAACAUUAUUCCUUUUUUUCCAGUGAGGGAAGUGAAUACUACAAAAGAUACUUUAAGGUAAGCUCCAGACUGUCAGUAUUUUGCGGGAGAGAUUCAAUCACAUACCAGAACUUUAGUACCGUACAUACUGCAGAAGUAAAGUGGAUCAAGGCGGUCUCUCACUUUGGCACAACAAAUCCACAAUCUUUUAUGGUUAAAAAAGUGAUGGGGGGGGUGCGCUGAAAAAUGCAGGAUGAAUUACUAAUUGACAGUUAUACAGAAUCACACGAUGCAAGCAAAUCAGGCAGAAUGCUCAUUAUUGUAUAAUCUCCCUUCAAAUAUGCAAUAAUGAAGAGUGGAAAACAUAUAACCUCCAUGUAAACUUUGUGCAAGCAAAUCAGGAUGAAUGCUCAGUAAACAGCUCAUCUAUAGAUGCCCUAACUCUUAGGCCAGGGGGCAAGUUGAUCUUGUUUUAUUACUCUCCAUGUUCCUUUUGCAUGUGUGGGAAACCCUUGUUCCACCAGUUGUUGCUGAACUACGACUUCCAUGAGCCCCAGCAAGCAUGGGAUGUUUUGCAGCUGAAAAAAGGAAUAGGAGAUGGGGAUGGAACAAGUCAAGAGAACAAGCAAAUUCUAGCACAAAUUCUUCAUUAAGUUACAUAAAAACACAACAAUGUUUUAAAGGCAGUGGUGAAUUGUUGAAGGCUGGGGCUGGGCACAAUAAUCUGUUAAAUGUCCACUCCCAAGGCUUAGAUCAGGAAUGGGGAACCUAUUGCCUUCUAGGUGUUGCUACACAAACAGUGCCUUGUAUGGUACACUACUACAUGCCGGCCUGGCUGUUUAGAUAUCUGAAACUGCAGUGUGUAUAGUGAGGUUUGGGUACUAAUUAUUUGUGAUUGGCUAAGUGAUUUUUUUUUUAUAAAGAGAAUUUGGAUAGUGGGGCAUACAUUUAUUUGCUUUUCAUCAACGGAUGCUUGAGAAAUAGCCUUGAGAGGCUCUGUGGUAUAGUGGUUAGAGUGCUGGAUUAGGACCUGGUAGGCCCAAGAACUCACUGGCUAGCCUUGGACCAGUCAGUGUCUCUCAGCCUAACCUCUACCUCAUAGUUCUAUGUACAGGUAGGUAGCAGCAUUGGCCUUCCAUAGUCGAAAUGUAGCAAUUAGGCCAGUCAAAUGACCACGCAGCAAUCAGAGAAAUAAAGCAAUAAAGUUUUAAUUGUUUGCCGGCACCAAGCAAUGGCGUGGAGGAAUAAGUUCCGAAGUCCGGCCUCUCCCAACAGGGGAGGCUUCCCUUUAUACAUUCAUGAAUCAGGUCUUUAUCCAAUCAAAAGUUACAGCAUUACACAUACUCAGAUAGAGACAAUAGAUUCAGCCUAGAGACAAGAACUGCUUUGCCUGGAGAUUGUGUUCCAGAGAUAUAUAUUAGGUUCCACCUAGAGAUAUCCAGAUACAGUAGAUACAUUAGGUUCCGCCUAGAGAUAAGGCAUGAGUACAGUGGUGCCUCGCAAGACGAAAUUAAUCCGUUCCGUGAGUCUCUUCGUCUAGCGGUUUUUUCGUCUUGCGAAGCAACCCUAUUAGCGGCUUAGCGGAUUAGCGCUAUUAGCGGUUUAGCGGCUAUUAAAGGCUUAGCGGCUUAGCGGCUUAGCUGCUAAAAGGCUAUUAAAGGCUUAGCGGCUUAGAAAAAGGGGAGCGAAAAACAUCUCAAGACUCGCAAGACAUUUUCGUCUUGCGAAGCAAGCCCAUAGGGAAAUUCGUCCUGCGAAGCAACUCAAAAACGGAAAACCCUUUCGUCUAGCGGGUUUUCCGUCUUGCGAGGCAUUCGUCUUGCGGGGCACCACUGUACAGUGGUGCCUCGCAAGACGAAAUUAAUUCAUUCCGCGAGUUUUGUCGUCUUGCGAUUUUUUUCGUCUUGCGAAGCACGGUGUCGGGAAAGUUUUGGAAAAGCUUCAAAAAUCACCAAAGUCUUUAAAAACCUCAAAAAAGGCUACCACACCGCGUUCUAUGAGUUGCUCCUCGAAGUGAAGUCGCAACUGUAUUAACGGUGUUAAGAAAAAGGGAACAAACUUGCAAGACGUUUCCGUCUUGCGAAGCAAGCCCAUAGGGAAAAUCGUCUUGCAAAGCAGCUCAAAAAACAAAAAACCCUUUCGUCUAGAGAGUUUUUUGUCUUGCGAGGCAUUCGCCUUGUGAGGUACCACUGUAGUUGGACAUUACCCUUCCAUGUCCUCAUUUGGUAAUCCUUAUCAGCCGAUCUCUCUAUGCCUCUGAGUAGUGGGUUUCUGAGUGUUUUUACUGGAUAUGGGGGCCUGGCCUAGAUCAACGAAAUGACUUCCUUGCUUAACAUUUUAACUCACAGAAUGGCUUCCCUGAGCAUGUUGCCACAGAAACAAAAUUAAAAAAAAAUCCUUCCAAUAGCACCUUAGAGACCAAAUAAAUUUGUUAUUGGUAUGCGCUUUCGUGUGCAUGCACACUUCUUCAAAUACAUACCAAUAACUAACUUAGUUGGUCUCUAAGGAGCUACUGGAAGGAACUCUACCUCAUAGGGCUGUUGUGAGAAUAAAAAUGGGGAGGAAGAGAACCACAUACAUAAGCUAUCUUGAGUCAGUGUGGUGCAGUGGUUAAGAGUAUAGACUUGUAAUUGGUUUCGCGUCUCUGCUCCUCCAAGUGCAGCUGCUGGGUGACCUUGGGCUAAUCACACUUCUUUGAAGUCUCUCAGCCUCAAUCACCUCACAGAGUGUGGGGUAGGAAGGGAAAGGAGAUUGUUAACCGCUUUGAGACGCCUUAAAGGUAAAGGGACCCCUGACCAUUAGUUCCAGUCGUGACCGACUCUGGGGUUGCAGCGCUCAUCUCGCUUUAUUGGCCGAGGGAGCCGGCGUACAGCUGGUCGUGUGGCCAGCAGGACUAAGCCGCUUCUGGUGAACCAGAGCAGCGCACGGAAACGCCGUUUACCUUCCCGCCAGAGCGGUACCUAUUUAUCUACUUGCACUUUGACAUGCUUUCGAACUGCUAGGUUGGCAGGAGCAGGGACCGAGCAACGGGAGCUCACCCCUUUGCGGGGAUUCAAACUGCCAACCUUCUGAGCAGCAAGUCCUAGGCUCUGUGGUUUAACCCACAGCGCCACCUGCGUCCCUUUUGAGACUCCUUAGUGUAGUGAUAAAGCAGGAUAUCAAAUCCAAACUCUUCUCUUCUUCUCCUUUAGAGGAAAAAGUGGGAAAUAUUCAAUAAAUAAAAUGUGUAAAUGAUACAUUCAUCUCUCUGGAGGAGAGAUGCUCAUUACAAAAAUAAGUAUUUAUAUUUCUGUUUUUAUAUCGUGUUUGUCGGAUGAAGGGUGGUGUGUAAAUUUAAAUAAUAAUAAUAAAAAUCAAAGUAAGGCCCUUGCUUGAACCUACUCUUUUUUCUCUUUCUCAUCCUUCCUUUUCUCCUCUCAAUCCAUUCCCGAAUCCCCUUACGCCUCGUUUUCCCGCCAUUUCCAUAAAACCCUUAGGUAUUGGGGGGGGAGGGGAAGAGGAGGCGGACCCUUUCAUUUGAGCGAAGGCACGCCUUCUCCAAUCGCUUCGCCGCUGAAGUCAUCCACGCGCCCAAUUGGAAACCGGACGUCUUCCUGCCCCUUCGUUUUUUUUCUACUUCUUCUUCUUCUUUCUGUUGGGGGCGUGGCGAGGGGGGGGAGGAGAAAAGCACUGCCCAAUCCUCUGAGAGCGACUGCACGUCUUCUUCCCCCCCGCACUCGCUCCCAAUUUAUGGACAGAGACAGAGCGCGAGUGAGCGAGCGAAUGCCUUGACUGUACAAGCGCAGGCGGCGCCUCCUCCCGCUCCUCCAUCCCCUUCCGCCUUUUCGCGUUACGCUGUCGGCGCAGCGGGCGCAUUCGGCGUAGCGGUGCCAGCGCCGAGGAGGAGGGAGGUGAGAGCGAGUCGGUCUCGGGUGGGGGGUGGGUGGCAGUGUGAGGUAAAAGCGGGGGGGAGGUCCUUGCGCGGGGGCCUCUUUCUCCCCACGGAAGAGAUCGUGGGGGAGUGUGGGGGGUCAAUCUGUCUUUUGGAGUGGGGGAGGGUUUUUGUUUUGUUUUUUUUAAAGCUGCGAGUGGAAAGCUUUCUCCGGGGGGGGGGCGUUAAUUUAAGAGGGGCCUGAGUGGUAGGAGGGCGAGAGCCAUGGGGUGAUGUUGAGGGUCAGUCGGGGUGGGGGGUUAGGAGGAAAGUGAAGGGCGAAGGGCUCCUCACGGCUCUUGUUGUGUGGGGAGAGUUUGUAUGGGGCGAGCGGAGGGGGUUGGAGAGUUUAAGACCAGCUUUUAUUUCUCCCCUUCUUCCGCCCCCUCUUGUAUGGGGCGGGAAAGAGGGGUUUUCUUUUCGCCGUCGCAGUGGCGUAGCGUGGGGGGUGCAGGGGGGGACGGCCGCACCGGGCGCAACAUCUGGGGGGGGGGGGCACUCGCAGCUCUCUGCCCCUACCUGGCUCACUCACUCUAGGGGGCGCAAAUUACUUGCCUUGCCCCGGGUGCUGACAACCCACGCUACACCACUGUGCCGUCGGGUGGCUCGUGCGUCUGAAGCGCUUGAAACACAUUCAUACUUUGUGCAAAGCUGUAUACAUCUCCCAGUAAUCAUUGGAAAUGUAGUUUAUGGUUGCUGGCUGUAGCUCUGUGAGGGAUGAACAACGUAUAUUAUUAUUAGGUAUGGUGAGAAUGUGCUAUAAAUGUAUGCUCUGUAUGCAGCCUAAGUUUGAAAGAGUGUAAAGCUGUAUAUAUCUAAAGCGCACACAUGCGAACACCCAAAUAAUCCUGGGAAAUGUAUUUUAUGUAAGCUGAGAAUCAUAGCUGUCAACGUUUCCUUUUUUUAAAGGGAAAUUCCCUUAUUCCGAAUAGGAUUCCUCGCAAGAAAAGGGAAAAGUUGACAGCUAUGCUGAGAAUUGAAGCACUGCAAGGGGCAAACUUCAGUUCUCAUCAUUCUUUUUUUUGGAAGAGAAUGUGUUUUAAAAUAUGCUGUGUGCGCCACCUAAGUCUGAAAGUGUGUAAAGCUGUAUACAUUCAAAGCACUUUGCCCUGCAUAAAUAAAUCCUGGGAAGUGUAAUUUAAGGGUGCUGGGAAUUGUAGCUCCGUGAGGGCUAAAUUACAAUUCUAAGAUUUUAUUUUAUUUUGGUCGUGGUGGUUGAGGAUGUGCUUUAAAUGUAUGCUGUGUGUGCAGUCUAAUUUGUGGGUUGGAUCAGGCUUGAUCGUACUUAGAGCUAGACUGCACUGAAAUCGGUGGGGCUUAGGUUAGCUCUGUUGAUUUCAGGAGGUUUAGUCUCAGUGUGGUGAAGUCUGGAUCCAGCGUUGUAUUUGUAGAGUGUAGAUACGAACACAUGCACCUGUGUAGUUUUAUCUAAAUUACACACACUUUUUAUGUGUGGAUGUGUGUACAUAUGCGCCUACAUGUGCGUAUGUGAAUUUAUACAACACACCCAUUCAUACAUAUCUUGUGUGUGCAGGUAAGAUACAUGUGUGGUGGUGUCCACAUAUGUGUAUUGUGUUCUUGGCAGAACAAAUUUUCCUGUAUAAAUGUGCCCUUGCUUUAAGGUCCACAGGGAAGACUCUCUAAACUCUGCCACAGUUAACUGAAAUCCAAUAUGUAGCACCAUGAGCGAGGGCCUUCGUAGUACAGGCACCCAGUUUAUGGAAUUCUCUCCCUUCUCAGAUAUGUCUGGUGCUGAUUUCUUUAGGCUCGUGAUACAAGCUUGGUAUCUAUUUGCCCAAGCCCUUUUUGUGAGAAUUGCUGCACCACUUAGUUAGGGAUGUGUACGUGUGUAUUCUUGCCUGUUUUGUUUUAAUGUAGUCCGUUCUUUAUUGCUUCAGCAAUAAAAAGUGUGUAAAAUAUAUUAAUUAAUUACAUAUUGUGCAUGUAUAUAGUUCUGUGUACCUACCGACACACAAACAUUAUAGCCAUGAUCUAGCCAAAGUGACACACUUUUUAAAGUUAAUGUUGAAACUAGUGGAGCUCUAAAGCACUUGCUUUUGAAUGAAUUGUACUUUAAGAUUUACUCUUGUAAGUUGUGUUGGUCUUUAAGGUGCUAUAGGACUCCUGUGCUCACUCCUAAGCUGUACACUCAUGGGCAUGUUUGGAAAUAAAUAUCCCUGUGUCCAGGUGACCUUCCUCCUUAGCCUGUUUAGAAUUGCUGGAAUGUAAGAACGCUGCAAUCCUAUGUAAACCUACCUAGGAGUAAGGCUGUUGAACACUCUGGAGCUUACUCUGAAAGAGACUUGUCUUGGAUUUAGGGCUGAGCAAUAUCUGGUUUUUAACAUUGUGAUAUAUCACAAUGCCUGAAAUAAGGAUGGAGCUAUGUAGAGGCAUUCGCUCGUUUCAUGGUUUUUCUUCCAUCGUGAUUUUUGCCAGCGCCUGCUCUUGUGAUUCACUGCCCCCUGCAUGAGGCAGGGGAAAGCUGAGCUGGCAGAGUUAACAGGGGCUGCAGGAAUCAAAAGAAGCAUUGGCUGGCUUCACGUUUUUUCCUACAUUAUGAGUUUUCCAUAACACACACACACACAGUCAUAAUUUGUGAUAUAUUUCCAGGUCAAAAACAAUGCAGCUGAUACCACAAUAUGGACUUCAAACCAGUUUUGGAUGAUAUAUCGAUAUAUCACCCAGCCCUACUUGGAUUACACUACAACAGAGCUGCUACUCCAGAACAUGUCUAAGAAUAUAGUACCUUGGAAGUCAAACAAAAUCCAUUAUGGAAGUCCAUUCGACUUCCAAAAUGUUUGAAAAUCAAAUCACAGGUUCUGACUGGCUGCAGGAAGCUCCUACAGCCAGUAAGAAGCCAUGGAAGCCCCGUCGGACGUUCAGGUUCCAAAAGAACAUUUGCAAACUGGAACAAUCACUUCCAGGUUUGCGGAAUUCGGAAGCCAAAACGUCCGAAUUACAGGGCGUUCUACAACCAAGGUGCGAUUGUACAUAUAUUUGAGGAUUUGAUUGCCUGUGAGAAGUUGAUUCUGUAGUUUCAUAGGUUUAGUUUCCUCUCCAGGGUCUCAGAAGCAAAUAGUUAUAACAAGGAUAAGCUGAUUUUAAUCUGGUAUGGCCUCCUUUUUUCUUUAUAAGAAUUAGCACAGUCCGCCAAUGUGUUCUAAAUUUACAGAGUAAGGGUUGAAUAAUCAGGAUAUCUUUAAGCCUAACUACACUAUUUCCAGUGAUCCUCACUAGGUGCUCAUUGCAUAGAAAUGUAAGGAGAAUAUAACUGGAUCCGGCCGAAGUCUACACAGGGAAACAUUAUUUGCAGAAAUCACACCAAACCAGCAGAAGCUACAUGGUCCGCUGGAAAUUGGCAUGUGGUUCACCAGUAGACGCUGAUGUAUCUUUCACUUGCUUGGGAGUAAGAUUAUGAGGGGUGGGAAACAGGACACCCACAACUAUUUUUUACCUCAUCUGUCCUGAGGACUGUAUAGCUUUAUCCCUUGUUCAGAAUAAAUAAUGGGUCAUGUCAAUUAAGCACAAUUUUCACUGAAAGGGCUAUAAAAAUAUGUGCAGAUAUUAAAAGUUGACUUGAAAAUGGGUUGCUAUAUAGACUGUGUGUCCACUAAAUUCUGUCUCCUGCCCCAUCAGAGUUACCCCAGAUCUCCUGUGUCAGGUCUGAUAUUGGAGAUUUGGCAACUCUAUAGUUGGGGUGGAAGUUGAGGACCACCUGAUAUAGGAGGGGUGGGAGUGAGAGGGAGGUGACUCCUAUUGCAAGUGGUUAGCCAUUUUGUUUUACAAGCUGGUGGGGAAGUGAAGUUUGUGAUGGUGGAAUGUUCGUGGGUUACAGACGAAGCUACUUGGAUGGGAUUUGUUGGUGAAUUGGGUUGUAAGCACUUAAUAUGUCUAAUGGGAAUACUUGGUCAGUGAGCUGAGGAAAGCUGAGAAUCUGGGAGAAUCACUUGGACUGGGAAAAUGUUGCUGCUGUCUGUGGGAGGGGUAUUCAAUGUGGGCUAAUAUUGGAGGGGGGGUGGAUAAUUGGGCUGUGGUUAGGGCAGUUAGUGAGGAAGUCCCAGGAGUCACUUGGGUCAGCUAUUUAUUUAAAAUAUAGCUGAACACAGCAGGCGAGAUAUGUAGCUACAGAUCAGAAUGAACUCAUCAAACUUUAGAAGCAUUCAUCAAGGCAGAGUGGGGUAGGGAAAAGAUGCUGGAAGUAUCUCAAGAAUUGCCAUUUGGCUAGGUUCUUGAAAAAUAAUUUCAUAAAUUUUAAUUUGGCUUUUGGCAAGCUCAUUGUCUCAUUACUGUCUCGUUACAUUUUAACUGUAAUUUGAGUUGCUUUUGAAACUGACUGUGCCCACAGCCAGUUAUCUGUUUUGUCUUCUCCAAAGAGUUAAUGGGCUGAACAAACCCUGAGCCUUAUACCCCUGAUGUAAAGGCAUGUCUAAGGCCUAGGAAAAGCAAGCCUCAUAACCAUGUUUUGUAAAACCCUGGUCACAUUACUUGACAUGUUUUUUGCUUCUUGUUGUGGCGAAGGUGACUGAAAGGCGAGGUGUGGUGGAUGGAAAGUGCCUAUCAUUGAUACGCCACAGUCUGAUAUCUAGCAGCCAUCUGUAGACUACUUAUUUCUCUUUUAAACAUCCUUUUCACUGGAAGACUGUGUGUGUGUGUGUGUGUGAGAGAGAGAGAGAGAGAGAGAGAGAGAGAGAGAGAGAACACAUGCAUACAUGCAAAUGUGCCUAUGAGCAUCCGUCCUUUUCUGAGGCUGCUUACUGUAGAUAACCUGAAGAUCUAAUCCUCUAUGUAUACAGUACAGAAAAAUAAAAACUAUUCAAGCAGGUUGCAGAAGCAUUUGGCAUGUAAAGUAAAGGAUAGUGUUUUGGUGGUGAUGAAGGCAUCUUGAAUUUAUUUAUAGAUAGAUAUGGGAUAAUACUUGAAUAUUCAUUUAUCUAUGAUUAGAUUGGGGGGCAGAGGGAGGAACUGACACUAGCGGAUACUAAGCUGAGACUAACCCCUUCUCUCCCUUCUGUAGGCUUGCAUGAAACCUGUGGGAGCCACAACAUAUGCUGCUGAUGCAGUUGUCCACGUGAAGCUUUUGCACAAGGGGAGGAGACUGGAACUGUGA